CGACGGGGGAGGGAGGCGCUGGAGCUCCGGGACAUGAAUGAACCAUGGCCGGUAACGGCGCUUGGGCUCUCCCGGUCUGCUCCUUCCUGCUGCUGCAGCUCCCGGUGGUCCCGCUGCCGAACCUCCGGUCCGCGGAGGAGGAGGUGUUCCAGUGGUGGGGGGAAUGGUCCAGCUGGUCCUCUUGUUCCAGGAGCUGUGGAGGAGGAGUCAGGAGCCAGGAGAGACACUGCCUCAUACAAAGGCUGCCCAACACCCAGAAUGCGAACACGUCAUAUUGUGAGGGCUCUCCUAAACAGUAUCAGCUCUGCCCAAACCAGCCCUGUCCCAGCACAAGCCUAAGCUUCAAACAGCACCAGUGCUCCCAGUUCAACUCUAAAGCUUUUGGAAGAAGGUACUACCAGUGGAUGCCUCUCUACCCAGCUGAUUACAUCAGCAUUUCCAGUAAACCAUGCGACCUGCAGUGUACCACCACUGGUGGAGAGCGGCAGCUGCUGGUUCCUGCCCACGAUGGCACUUUCUGCCGUGAUGCUAAGUUCCAGGGAGUGUGCAUCGAGGGAACAUGUCAGCCUGUAGGUUGUGAUGGGCAGCUGUACAGCAGUCAGGCAGUAGACAGAUGUGGCGUAUGUGGAGGCAAUGGGACCUCAUGCCAGCAUAUCUCUGGAUCCUACAGAAAGGCACUCACACAGUUAGGUUAUGUUUUUAUCACCAACAUCCCAGCUGGAGCCAAAGAUAUUCAGAUCAUAGAGAGGCGCAAGGCUGAGAACAUCCUGGCUCUGUCAGAUGAAGGUGGUCAUUUCUUCUUCAAUGGGAACACAGUUUUUGACAAUCCUCAAAACUUCCACGUGGCGGGAACAGUGAUUAAGUACAGGCGACCAGGCAGCGUGUUCUCCGAUGGGCUGGAGUACGUCAUGGCUCAGGGUCCGACACUGCAGGGCCUCAACGUCAUGUAUUACAACUUGAAUGGGAAGCUCCCACACAUCACUUAUGAGUAUAUUCUUCCUCGGGGGACCCAAGGCGUCGUUGCUAUAGGAGACUCCACAGACCCUGCUCAUUCCCAGCUUGCUCUCAAUAACGCCUCCCUCACCUACGGCAAGGUGGCAAAUCACAGCAGGGGGAGUAUAGGGUCUGUUCACCAGCACAGCCCCCCACUGGGAGGCCCGGACCGUACAGUUCUCCAUCUGCAGGAAGAAGACUUGUGGCAAAUCCAGACGGCCAGCCCUCCACCACCACCAGCUGUACUGGUCUACAGUGCAAGAGACUCCCCCAGUCACGUCUUCAGCCACAAUGAUGUGGAAGAGCAGGGGCUUGCAGCGCCACCAGGCUACCGGAGUUCCUCCAACUCUGUUGAUGAGCCAUCAACUGCUGAUGAAAACGCUGUGUUGCUCUCAUUCUCAGGUGGUCAGGGUGGCCCCUCUGCAGCCCUACCCAAAGAGCCGGCCUUUCUGCUGCUGGAGGACCUUCAGCACAACCACUCAGACUCAAGCUCUCGCUCCCUGACGAAGUCGAACACACACACAGUCACUGGUGAAACAAAAGCAGGCUCCCUGUUGGAAAUGGACCCCGAUGUGCUCGCAGUCAGCGACAUCCAACACACCAGGGCAGACGCUGACACCCACACUGCUGCUGUCCAGGCAGCCAGCACAGAGAGCAACGACUUUGAUCUGGGUCUAGAGCCAGAUAUUAGUGUGGCAGAUAUGUAUCGUUGGAAGGUUUCUGCUUACGCUCCCUGCAGCUCCUCCUGCACAACAGGUUUCUCUACCAGCUAUGCCUUGUGUGUUCGAUAUGACGGAGCUGAAGUUGACGACACUUACUGUGACUCUCUGACCAGACCCGAGCCCACGCACGAGUUCUGCUCUGGGAAGGAGUGUCCUCCAAGAUGGGAGACCAGUGGCUGGAGCGACUGCUCGCGGACAUGCGGUGAGGGAGUUCAGUACCGGACCGUGCGCUGCUGGAAGAUGCUCUCACCUGGCCUCGACUCCUCCGUGUACGAUUCCCUGUGUCUGACGCACGGCCUGCACAAACCAGCAGCUAGGAAGGUCUGCCACGGCCAGAGCUGCGGUCCACAGUGGGAGGUGUCCGACUGGUCAGAGUGCUCGGCGCGCUGUGGCUCUCGUGGUGUUCGGACCCGGGACGUUCGUUGCUCCACUGAGGUUCUACCAUGUAACAGGUCCUUUCAGCCAUUGCUGCAUCAGGAGUGUGAGGGGCCACCCUGUGACAGGAGGUGGACAGUGUCUGACUGGGGGCCUUGCUCAGGGGUGUGUGGACAGGGCAGGAUGCAGCGUGCCGUCAUGUGUCGAUCGUCAGGUGGGGUCGUGAUGUCGGAGGAGCAGUGCGACCAAUCGCUUCGCCCGCUGGCCAUCUACCCCUGUGGUGACAGGGACUGCGCCCCCCACUGGGUGGAACAGGAAUGGCAACAGUGCAACGCUACGUGUGGCCGUGGAGUGCGGUACCGCCAGGUGCUGUGUGCUGGGCUCCAAAGCGGGGUGUUCAAAGAGUUUCCACACAGCAGCUGUGACCACAGCAGGAAGCCUGAAGCCAGCUCCCAAUGCUUCCAGAGGCCAUGCUCCAAAUGGUUCACCACCUCCUGGUCCCAGUGCAGUAAGACCUGUGGAAGCGGAGUCCAGGUGCGUGAGGUAAAGUGUUACCAGGGGGAGGAGUUGGUGACCAGAGGCUACAGCUGUGACUCUGCCCUCAAGCCAAAGUCCAGACAGAGCUGUGAAAUUCAGACCUGUCCGACCGCAGCAUCAUCUGUGGACAACACGUGCCAAGACAAGCCAACAGCCAACUGUGGCCUGGUCCUUAAAGUGAAGCUGUGCUCCCACUGGUACUACAGAAAAGCCUGCUGCCAGUCCUGUAAGACGCCCAAACCCUGAUGAGGACCCACCUCAGCACAAACAUUCAACUGGUGCUACACAGAAGCAUGCUGCUACCAAUGUGUGGCCUUAGGACAUCAAUAUUAGCCUUCCUACUGUUACACUAGCACUGAUGUCCAAGGUCAGCAUGUUGUCACUGCUUUAUACCUAAAGUUACUCACACAUAGAAACUCCCACAUAUUUAGGUCACUACUGCUUUUUCAGCAGUAUUACACGUGUUUAGGUACUGAAACACCCCAGCACAAUGUGAAGGCAGAGGGAUGUUCGUUCACCAUACGCAUCCUAAUAAUACUGUCGUGCCCAAAGCACAUGAAGGUCCAACUGCAGCAUGUUGUUCACCCGACAACAGUCCGGGUCAGGUUACAGCAGCUCACUCCUCCAAGAGUCCUGUCUUCAUUCUCUGGGCAGGGUUUGGUUACAUGCUGAACCUCAGGGAGAUUUCUUCUCCCCCCAAGUCUAUAAAACCUCAGGAUUUCAAUAUGAACAUAGAUGUAACAGGUGAAACAUCUACUGCAUCAUAAAGCAAUACAUGACGGUAUGGUAGAUGAACUACAUGCACCUACAUUAGCUGGUUAUUCAUUCAUCAGGUGGCUGGUGAUAGAUUGGUGAACCCUUCAUCUUCAUUGGAGGACAAAUCGAUCACAACAGUCCCUUAAUAUUAACACGUAUCUUCAGAUAAAUCGGCCUGAAGAGAUGUUUCUUUAAGCUAAAUAUGAAAAUAAAGCUGAUGUUUGUCUUUGUCUGCUCUGUAGAAAAGAUGAGAUGUUCUUUUUACCAUACAGCUUUAAGACUUACACACAGGUUUACUGUAGAACAAACUAACAUGCAGCUGCUGUGAGAUGGCAUCUGGGUUGAACACCCUAUGGAUCUAACAGAACCACCCACUGUGGCACCCCUGUGCCUGCUCUAACGCAGGCCUCUGGUGCUGCACUGUAUCACUCGUGAUUAAUAAAAGGACCAAAUUUU